CAAAAGUAACAAAGUGGUCAGACUCUCCUCUCCAGGUCCUGUGUAUCUGAGUUUGUACUAAGUUCAGUCUACUAAGGCUGUCUAGCUCCUUAACGCCCCACAACGCCACGUGAAGUGUCCUGGACCGUGCACAGCCUUAUGUCAUCACGAUCUAUCGGCUGUCGUUAACAAAGGCGUUGGCGAAAGCCGCCAAACAAGAAAAAAGAGAACAAAAAAGCAAGAAAUUGGUACGGCUAACGCCAAUCGACGAAACUGCUCACGCGAUUAUGCCGACAGAGAGACAAGUCUGUGCUGACCCAAAGACCUACCACAGAGAUUUCGUCUUGCUAGGAUGAGUGGUGUGGCCACUGGUCCGUCUACCCCUCAGCGCCCAUCGUCUCUCGCCAACGACGACGCCGUUGAUAUAGUCUCGAACACCCCUACCCGCCUCGGCCUACUGCAGACCCCUCCAAGAAGAUUUUCGCGGCAUCUGAAACGCUCUGUGAAUGCCAUAGAGCAUGGGGACGACGCCGUAGCUGAUUCAGAACAGGGGUCGGCAGGCUCUGUUCGACUGUUGGCGACACCUCCACGGCGACCACCUUGCCGGGCAAGGUUCUCUACCGGACCCGCUGAGCCAACCGGCUUUGAUGUAGGAAAGCCUGCUAUCACUACAGACCGCGAAUCAUCGCCUCUCUUUUGUGAGACGACGCCAAAGGGGACUUUGGGAGGUGAAGAGCAACCGAUCGCUGAAGUGCAACAGAGAGUCGAAGUGCAGCGGGGAAGAGAAGAUGAACAGGAGCUGGGCGAGCUUAGGCAGCUACGAGAUUGGGAGAGGUUGCACCUGAGCGAGGAUCGACAACCGCGUGAGGGUGACGAAAACGGACACUGUGAUAAUCUUCAGCAACACAACUUCAAUGAACCCGAAAGUGCGAGCGCAAAUUUCUACGGCAGUGAGCGUGACGGCAAGCUUGGGAUGGAAACCAACUUAUUAGACGAAUCGGUGUCUUGAUUCAUCGAUUCUCGAUUUGGAUCGAGAGUGGGCUGAUUCAUCUGGCGGUGCUGUGGUGAUCUGGCAGGCGCCCGUAACAGACUUUCGACAUAGCAAC